AUGUCUGAGACGGAAACAAAAACAAAACGGGAGAAAUUCCUGGCAGAAAUGCAGAAAGUUGCAGCAGAGGCUAGCAAGAAAACUCCUGGAGAGCUAGUGCUCAACUAUAAAGGGGUCCUGUACCCGAGUACCAUAUGCAGUAUUGAGACCUUUCAAGCCUUGGAAUCUUUGGAAGCCAGAGAGGAUGAUGUGAUAAUUGUGACAUAUCCCAAAUGUGGUUAG